AAUGCAUUCUGAUCCAAUUUUUGAAUUUAUGGCUUAAAAGGGUAUAUCUGAUAAGUUGAAAAAGAAAGUUAAAGGCAAGAUUUGCUUCAAAGUACUUAAAGGAUCUGAACAUAAACUUUGGUUAAUUGAUUCAGAUAAUAAAAAAGUAAUACCAGAUACAAGUAAAGAUGCUGAUACUAUUUUCAACAUUUAAGAUGACGAUAUGGUAUGCUUUUCUAAAGGAUAAACUAAUUUAAGAACAUUAUUUAUGAGAAAAAAGCUAGCCAUAGAGGGGGAGUAUUAAUUGUAAAAUAAUAUUAGUUAUUCAAAUGCUAUCCGAUUCACUAGUGAUUUAUUACCAAAAAUGCCUUUACUAUGAGUUU